AUGAUACAUCAAGGAGUUGAUCUUAUACAUGGACAUUCAAGUCAUCAUGUACAAGGUAUUGAAAUUGUUCAACGUCAAAAUGGUGCUUAUGGUUUAAUAUUAUAUGGUUGUGGUGAUUUUCUUGGUGAUUAUGCAAUUGAUCAAUUAUAUCGAAAUGAUUUUGGUGCAUUAUUUCAAUUACAUCUAUUAAUAUCAACAUUACCUUCACAAGAUGGAAGAUCAAAAUCAAUUCGUCUUCAAUCACUUUCGAUUUUUCCAACACGAUGUUCAAAUUUUCAAGUUAAUCAAUUAAGUUUACAAGAUGUUGAUUGGACAUGGAUAAAAGAGAAACUCAUUCAAUAA